AUGGAUCCUUUCGGAGGAUCCAAACCCGAAAAUCCAAUCGCCGCAUGCAUCUCCAUGCUCUCCCUCCGCAACUUCUCCGCCUGCAGCGACUUCGCCCGUCGUCUACCACUCUCCGAUUCCAUCGGCCGAAUCCUCACAAUCGCCGACGUUCUCUCUGCUGCCGAUCAUUACUCCGUCCUCCGUCUCCCCCGCUCUGAAACCGUCAACCGUGACCUAGCUCGUCAGCAUUACGCAAAGUUCGCGAUCCUGUUGGACCCUACUAGCACUGACAAAUUCCCCUUUCAAGAUGAAGCCCUAGCACGUGUCCGUGAGGCCUGGCACGUGCUCUCUGACCCGGAGAAACGCGCUGUUUACGAUCACGAUAUCGGAACGCGCGGUGUUGUUGACACGACGGCGACGUUUUGGACUGCUUGUCCUUACUGCUGGAGCCUGUACCAGUUCGAGAAGAGGUAUGAAGGUUGCUCGCUGAUGUGUCAGGGUUGUGUUAAAGCUUUUCACGGCGUGGCUGUGAAGCCGCCGGUGAAAGUGGGCGGGACAACGGUGGAAGGGGAGGAGCAGCGGCAGUAUUACAAGUGUAGGGCUAGAGUGCCGUUGAAGUUUUAUGAGGUGAAAAGUGGUAAUGAGACUGUGAUGGGUGAUAAUUCAGCUGAAUUUGUGUAUGUUUCUGAUGAUGAUGGUGAUUGGGAGAAAGCAUGGGGGAAUGUGGAUGGUGGUGUGAGAAAUGAUGAUUUGGAGAAGGUGGUUCAACAGGUUCAAAUGCAAGGGAAUGAGAAGCGAAAGAUGAGGAUAAAGACUGUGGCAAAGAAGAGCGUUGCAAACCGAAGGAUAAGAUGUGCUGAGCCUGAUAAUGCAAAGGAUUGUAAAUUGGAGUUCACUGAAGGUGAUGGCGAUGUCUUUGUCGGGGUUCGGUUCAAUGGAUGA